AAAGUCGAAAUAGCGUCAGAGAAAAGAGGAGUGAACAAACAAUCGAACCCCGGGAGUGAGCUAUGGUUCAGCCCAGUUACCAUGGACACCGGUAGGCACCAGUUGUAAGCCAAGGCCAAGAGACCAUGGCCACUUUAGCCCUGCUGCAAGCUAGGUCGUUGGCUGUAGGAAAUGAGUACUACUUCAGGAACAGUAUUGUAGAUUCAUUUAGAAAUAAGGAGAAUGAUGCAGCAGUUAAAAUCCAGAGCUGGUUUCGAGGAUGUCAAGUUCGGGCAUAUAUCAGGCAUUUACACAGGACUGUAACAAUUAUUCAAAAAUGUUGGAGAAAUUUCUUAGGCAGAAAGCAGUGUCAACUAACUGUGCAGGUAGCACAUUAUACUAUGAUGAUGAAUCUCUACAAUGCAAUGGCUUUCAGGAUGAAUGCAAGUACUGGCUGGUAAACAAAACACCAACCGAACAGAAAAACAGCAGCAGAGCUUCGAAGCCAGCAUCUAAGACCAUAAAUUCUAGAAACUUGGUUGUGGUCAUUUGCUUGUGAAACUAAACGUGGACCAGUAGGUUUCCAGUGGGCAACUAGAGCAAUGCAUUCUCCAUAAAUAUUGUCUUCUAACCUCUACAAUGGCCACCUCGUAUGUGAACAUGGAAGAUAACAGAUGUGGAAUAUUCUGUUCGUCUCCCCAAGAAAAUACCUCUUAACAAGAACUCUUUACCUAUGUAGCAGAAUUUCAUGUUUGUUCUGUAUUAGUAACUAUUUCUUUCUCAUUUUCUAUUUUUCCUAAUGUGGACUUUUUGUUAUGGUUACUCUUAUUCCAUUUCUUCUCUAGCAUUCAGUGCUGGUGUGUUAUAGGCAAAUAAUUUGUAUUUUAAUUUAGUUGAAAGGUAAUUAAGAGUUACACCCAAAUCUGAUGGACAGAAUUGCAUGUGACUUUAAAUUAAAUUCAGUAACAGAUGCAACAAUGGUCCCAUCUUUUUUGGGAAAGGAAUGAAGCACUUCAUACAAAGUUUAAGUAAGGAAAGAGGAUUGUUAGGAUAUUGUAUUAGUCAGGAACUCGUCAGGAGACAAAAACCACACCAGUAAUUUGAGCUGAGAAAAUUUAAUAUGAAGCUUUAUUAACUAAUACAAAUGGAAUAAAUUUUAAAAUGAAUAAAAGGGAAGUCUAGAGAAUACAGAUAUAGUCAAUACUAAGAGAAGUUACCACCAUUAAGCCUAUGGGAGAGUACCCAAGGAACAGAAAAGUUUGGAAGAGCCUCUCUCCACCCAUCAGUAAUGCAAUUCAGACUUCAAUGGAGAGGACUGGCUGCAGUCUGCUGGAUUGUGGGGUUCUCCAAGAUGUCAUGGGCGAGAGCUGUUUUGCAGCUAGUGGUCUGACCCUAAUGAGCAAAAAACUGCCCAUGGUGGUGCUGACAGUCUGGAAUUGAUAAGCAAGGACCUACCUGUUGGAGUAUUAGCAAAACUCACUAGCCAUUAGGCACUACUGAUUCUCCUUCAUAGAGCUGAUAGCCAAGCCAUUGAAGAAAGAAAGCAGACAAUUGGAACUGAGGGAGGGAAGGGGUAACACUUUUCUUUGUCAUGUGUUGACAUAUCCCUCCAGAACCCUUUAUUUCAGACUAAUGUUGUACAGCUAGUAAAGUUAAAAUGUUUUAAGUCCAAGUCCAGUUUCAGCAAGUAUAGCAAAGAAUAAAUUAUUUGAAACUGAGUGGUAAAAAAUUGGUAACUGACACAAAUAUUGACUCUACAAUGAGGUGAACUAUGGAAAAUUUCAUAGAUUUGAUCACUCAAUGUUCAUUCCAACACUGCAACUUAGCUCAUGUUAUUAUUGGUUUUCUAAACAUCUUUCAUCUAAAAGUGGCAAUAUGAAGUCAUUUUGAGCAAUGAGAUCUGCUAGUUUUUCUUCUAUUUUUUUUCUUUUUUCUGAAACAUGCACGAUAUGAUGAGCUGCAACAGUCAUCUUACCAGUGAUAACUAAAGGCUAAUGCUGCACACAGUGGUGCAUGCCUGUAGUCCUAGCUACUCAGGAGGCUGAGGUGGGAGGAUCAUUUGAGUCCAGCCUGGCCAAUACUGCAAGGCCUUGUCUUUAAAUAAAUAAAUAAACAAAUAUUUUUCUAAAGAAAGAAAAGAAAAGGCUAAGACUUUUGCACAUAAUUUAUAAAAAACAUACAGCAUUAUAAUUUGUAUAAGAGAUAAUUCUAAAGAAUACAGAAAUAGUAAAUACUGGGAGAAGUUACCACCUGUAGGACUAAGGAAGAGAAUCCACAAAAGGAAAUGUAUGGAAGAUCCUCUCCCCACACAUUCAUGAUAAGAUUCCGACUUCAGUGAAGAGGAUAUGGCUGCAACCUGAUGGAUUGUGGAGUUCUCUGAGAUAUUUUGGGUCAGAAUUAUUGACAGUCACUGAAUCUGUAUAAGUGUAUGUGUAUAUUACUAGAAAGACAUAUAUAUCUAGAUUCAAAAAAUUCAUCUAAAUAAACAUAUACUACAGAUUGUGAGUUUAGUCAUGACAUAUUUACAGAUAAGGCAUCACACUCAGAAGUACCAUUAACUAUAACAACUUUUUAUUCGUUUAACUUUAAUAUCCUUGGUGUAUUCUUCAGCCCCAUUCCCUCCUGCUAGCAUUGGAAUGGAAGUGGGAACAACUAGGUAUCAGUUUACUUUGGCUUAGUAUAGUAAAAUAAUUUAUUAAAUAAGUUUAUCUUUUUCAUAAUUUCUUGAGUUCUCCAUGAUCCUCUCUCAGAUGACCUGUAAGUGUAGAGGAGGCUUAUGCUACCUGCUUAAGCCCUAAGGCUUAAAAGGGAAUCUUUAUUUCUAUGUAGGAAACAGUGACUGGUGUCUGCUGCUAUGUGAUUGAUCAUUCUUGUCCCUAAGAGUUCUGCUGGCAUUUGUUACUAAGACUUGCAUUUGAUGUAAGUACUCUCAACUUAAUUUGGGUCUGGUGGCCUUCCUUAACUCACUAGGUCCUGUGUCACCUCUUUUCUGCCUCUGGUCAGCAUGGGGAGACCUUGUCUCUACUAAAAAUACAAAAAUUAGCUGGGCGUGGUGGCACAUGCCUGUAAUCCUAGCUACUCGAGAGACUGGGGCAGAAUUGCCUGAACCCAAGAGGUGGAGGUUGCAGUGAGCUGAGAUUGCACCACUGCACUCUAACCUGAGCAACAGAGUAAGACUGUCUCAAAAAUAAAAUAAAAAUAAAAUAAAACACAUUGUCUAAUUUUUCGUAAGAAAAAUGUUAAUUUGUACUUCUACCAACACUGCACACAAAUUCCUGUUUCUUUAUACCUUUGUUAAUAACAUCUAAUCUAAUAAAGAACAAUUCUAAUUUUUAAUUGAAGUUUUGAAUUUUAGUAAUUUGAAUAUCUUCAGCAGCCAUUUGUAUUCUGUAAUGACUUUUCUGUUUAUAUUUGUUCUGUUUGCCUAAUUAGUUUACUUUUUUUCCUGUGGACUUGUAAAAAGUCCUAUGUUUUAAGGAAACAAAUUCUUUUAUCAUCUGUGUUGCAAUUAUCUUUCCCUGUUUGCAUUUUACUUGCAAAUAUGUUUGUGGAGAUUGUGAAACAUGUUGGCCUUUCAAUUCUCUAUGCAGUUAUAUUUACCAAUAAUUUCUUCUUUGUUUGAUUUUAAGAAUAGUCAUCCAUAUUUUCUUUUGAUAUGUUAGAGUUACUUUUGUCACACUGAAUAUUGAAUUCCUCUGAAAUCUAUUUAAUAUAAGGAGUAAAUUUGAAAUUUGGCUUAAAAAUUUUUAAUGACCAAGUUAUUACAAUAGCAUUUAUUAAAUUAUUACUUCAUUUCUGACAGUAUGUGCCAUCUUAUCACAUACUAAGUCCCCACAUGUUUUCAAGUAUAUUUCUUGUCAGUCUGUGCUGUGUGAUUCUUCUCUUUCUUUGUAAUCCUAUGUAGUAUCACAUGGCUGAAAUAGCUACCACUUUUUCUUUCCCAAAAAAGAUUGUAACUUGUUUUUACAAUUCUCUACCCAACUAAAUUUUGAAUGAUUUUGACGUUUCAAAAAUAACGAAUUGUGUCUUUAUUUUACUUACUUACUUACUUAAUUAAUCAAUAAUUAAUUUUUGGAGACAAGAGUCUUGCUCUGUUGCUCAUGCUGGAGAACAGUGGCAAGAUAGGUCAUUGCAACCUCCGCUUCCCGGGCUCAAGGGAUUUUGUUGCCCCAGCCUCCUAAAUAGCUGGCAUCACAGGCAUGCACAACCACACCUGGAUAAUUUUUGUAUUUUUAGUAGAAACAGCAUUUCACCAUGUUGGCCAGGUUGGUCUCAAACUCCUGACCUCCAAUGAUAGGGCCAUCUCAGCCUCCCAAAGUGCUAGGAGUAUAGGCAUGAGCCACCACACCCAGACCCCAAUUAUGUUUUUAAAUAGAUUUAAAUUAAACUUGUAGUGUAGGAAAAAGUUAUAUUUUUAUAAUUUUAGUCUUCAUGUAAAGGAAUGUCUCCUUAUUUAUGUGAGGAUUUAAAAAAUGUUCCUCAAUAAAUUUUUGUGAUUGUCAAUAUAAACUUUAUUUUUAUUUGUUAAUUUUGUUUGUGAAAAUCUUGUAUUUUUCCAUUUUAUUUGUUAAUGAUGUAUUUUCUUUCAUUUUCCAAGUGAUUAUUGUAAUAUAUUUUGUUUGAGUAAUGUUAUACCUAACCAAAAUAAUAUAUUUUGUUGAAGUAAUGUUAUACCUUACCAAAAUCUCUAAUUGUCUAAAAAUUCUUGUACUCUGUUGAAAGCUUAAGCUAGAAAACUGGAUAUUGAUGGCUUAUUUUCUUGUUCAGUCAUUCAACUAUCUGAUGAGGGAUUAAAAAAUAAACUGGAGAAAUAGGCAGCUGUGCUCCUGUCACAAUCCUCCCAAGUCCUGUUUGACCACCUGUCACUGUGGAUAUUGAUUUCAUGAAGUGGGAUUAGGAUGAAGUUCUACUGCUCAUAAACUGGCUUUUGUUUCAUCAGUUGACUAUUCAACAGCUCUCAGGCUACUUUUCCUCAUUCUCUCCAGCCCAAUUUGCCAUCAGUUGUCAACCCAAUCAGAAGUUCCUAUCAACAGAAAGGGAAAUUGCCUGGCUGCAAAUUCUCUCUUCAGUCCUGCAUCCCUGUUAUCCCCAAGUCUUUAUAAAUCCUCUUGGCUGGGGUUCUUACUAGAAUCCCAUUAAAUUUGUUCAGUAUUCCACUUGCCUAUGUACUACUCUGAUUUUGUGAUUAAGGAAGAUACAGUGUACUUGGGCUUUAAAUUAAAUUGAAUCUGGCAGAUAUUCAUUCAUUCAGUUUCCAUUUAUUCUCGUGAGUUUAUGAUGGGGGUCGUGACUGUUCCCUUGUUUUCAUGGAGGGUUUUCCCAUAUUUUGUUUUUUUUCCUUCAUUUGGACUUCUUUUAGAAAAGGAUUAUAGGCAAAAGAACAAAUAUUUAUUGUCUUUCUUAGAAAUUUACACAUUAUUACUACAAUAAGCACUCAAUAAAUAUUGGCUAUGAUUAUUAUGGUUUCCUUAAAUGGCGUAUCAUCUUUGCUUUUUUUUUUGGUCUUACUCUUUAUUUUGAGCACUUAUGAUACACCAAGCGUGGUGCUAAGCACUUUGUUAUCUCAUUCAGUUUUCACAACAAAUUUGUAAAAUAGACGUUGCCUGUUUCUUCACUGGUGUACAAAUAUUAGCAUAGCUGUUUGAUAAAGAAUGAAUAGUUAUCUCAAUGUAAGGUUAAUCAUAAAAUAAAAACAAAGAACUAUUUCAUAAUUAAUUUGCUUAAAGUUAAGUGAAACUCAGAGCCAAUAUUAAGAUUAAUUUGUUUUGUGUUUUCUUUGAUAAAAUUCAUUCAUUUGCUUUUUGAAAGAUAUUUUAAAGCUAUUCCACAGGAGGAUUUUUAUUAAACAAAUGAUUUUAAAGAAUGGCAUAUUUUCAGUUUUUGAUAUCUGAAAGAUAUUUGAACCACAAAUAAAAGCUGUUUUGUAGGUUCAUUCAAUAAGUAGGUAAACUGUCAGGUAGCUUCCAUAAGUGAGCUGCCAUGUUAUUUCAUUUAUUUUUAUUAUUCAACCUCAAAUUAACUUUGCAGUUUCACAAUUUAUCUAUUGUGAAUCUGAACAGCUAAGUAGGACAGAAGAAAAGGUGCUGUUCCAUUAAGCUCUAACAUAUCAUUGGCUGUCAGGUAAGCCUUGUUAUGCUGUCCAUCCUCAUUUAACUAUCCCACAAGAUCUCUUAAUGAAGUUAAGCCCCAAGUUCACUCCAAUAAUUCUGUGGCAAGAGUUUGUGCAUUGUAACAAUUUAUCACUUGUCAGGAAGGCACUUUUAGUUUAUGCAUUUAAUAAGGGCAUCCUCUAGCUUGGUUAAUUAGAAGUGAACAGUUUGCAUAUUUACUAAAUGUGGAGUGUCAUUGCAACCAUGGCCUACUGCCUACAUGAAUUAUUUCUCUAUCUGCAAUAAACAGCUGGGUAAUUAUUACUGCCAUAAUCAGAUAAAUUCCCUCUGUAAGGCUUUUCUUACAUGGCAAUUCUUUGAACUCAUCCAAAGCUGAACAAAAUUUAUGAACUCUAGCGGUGAGGCCACUUUUUCAUAGAGUGGUGUCCCUGUUCCCUAUUUCAAGGACAUGAGUAGAGCACCAUAGAUAUUGUGUAAAUAAGGAGAAUAAAUAUGAUUACCUCAAGAUAACAUUUCAGUAAACCUCAUUCUAAAAACAUACUAUUAUGAUCUCAGCCAAGUAAAUGAUGGCAGUUUGGCUUUAUCUAAUUGUAAGUUGAUGAUAGGUUCUUUUGUAAUAAGUUCUUUUAAAGAGGUAAAGAAAACAACAUUUAGUUUUCAAGAAACAAAUUAGUUUGUAAUGUUAACUAUACAUGAAACUUUUUUCUGUAGACUUGUUUUAUCAAGAUAUAAUAAUUAUAGUUACUAAUUUGGUAGAAAUUGCAUAAUAACAUAAGCCAGGGUA